UGUCAGGUGCAAAAGGUUCCAGGAAACGAUAGUUCGAGCAGUUAAGAGGGCGCCGCAGCCGGGAGAGGCUCGGCAGAUUCUUCUCUUGUGGAGGACCAUGUGGGAUCCCAAUGCAGGGCAGCCAGGUGCCUACUCUGGAGCAGUCUGUCCCCCCAACCCUUCUUACCCAGCUGGUGUCAAUCCUGCAUACCCACCUCCUGUGAACCCUGCAUUCCCUCCAGGCCCUAUGCCUGCUGGCUCCUACCCUGUCCCCCCAGUAGGGAUCCCAGGGCAACCUGCCUAUCCACCAGGCCAUCCCAUUCAGCCCCCAUAUCCUGGUCAUCAGCCUAUGCUGCCUGGUGGUCCUUUGCCCCCACCUGCUCCGGGUAUGCCCGGAGGAAUAGGAAUCAAUCCUUUGCUGCCUGGGGCUGCUGCUGUGGGGACUUGUGUGAUGGACAAGAAAGCUGCCAAAAAGAUGAAGAAGAAGAUGAAGAAGGCACAUAAGAUGCAUAAACCACACAAACACCAUAAGCUGCAUGGAAAGCAUUCCUCCUCCUCCUCCUCUUCCAGCAGCAGUGACUCUGACUGACACGUCUCCCUACUUUCCAGCUGCAUCCUUUUCCACCAAGGCUGAUCCUUGCACUGCUCUUCCUGCAUCCAUACAAUGUUCACUAGAUUGGUCACUAGAUAAAAAUGACACCUGCUUGCUCUUUGUCUGACCUCCAAGUUUGGGCAAGUAUCAAGCUUAUCCAUAGGAGUGGUGCCACUGAUUAGCCACGCCUGCUGGGAUCCACUGCUGAACAAGCCAGAGUGGGAGGCCAGACCAUUAUUGGGCUUCAGGACACCUGUAUCUGCACCUGUAAGCCAUUUCUGCAGCCAAUCAAAUAAUCACUCAGUGCUCCAAAUGUUUUAUUGGGAUCCAAUCAAAUGAUUAUUUUUAAGAGGAAGUUGCUUGGGAGGUCCAAAUCCACCCAAGUGCUUUUAAAAAUUAUCACUCACCGAAGUAGUUCCUGAAUGCUCAUGUAAUGCCUGGAAAAAGGACAAAAAAGGAGAGAUUGCUCAAUAUUAGAACUGCAUUUGGAAAGUGUUGCUUAUUUAAUAUAAACUAAAACAAUCAGCUUUUGAAAAUCGCAAAUCAAAUGUGCUUGAUCAGGGAUAAUGGCAUAACUGUAUGUGCACAGAGCUUUAUUAUGAAAUUUCCUCCUGUCACACACACACACACACACAUGUAUUUAUGGCAUAUUUUAAAGAGCUUAAAUUCUGCAGCAUACAAAAAUGGUCACUCAUGUUAUGCUUAAUUGAAACAAUUUGUUCAUGGCUGCAAUCUUAGUUCACCUGAAGUUUGUAUUUAGUUUGAGAUGGCAGUAUCUUAGUAAAUUGCUCCAUAGUGUUGAAAGAUCAUAUGACAUACAUGUUGUGUAGUAUGUUCCAAACUUCUACAUUUGGAGGGAGCAUUUUCUUAUUCUUCAGCUCAAGGUUGCUGAUGCCCUGCUGAAAAGGGUUGCUUAGAUAAUACCAAGAUGUGUUUCUAAAAUAAAAGAAGAUUGCAGUUAAUUAGCCAGUUUUUUUAAAAAAGAAAACCACAUCAUUGUCCAGUAUUGCAGAUUGUACAAGUUGAGACCUGCAUAGGGCUCCCAAGAACCUUGGAUGUGGAUCCAAAAGCCCCUCCAGAAGUAGCCACCAAGUUAUAAUAUUUAAUGGGACAGAAAAAGAACCUAAAAUAUAUUAGGAGUAACCUUAGUAAUUGUAUUUAAUAAUCAAGUUUAAAUAUAAAGGCAUUAGUAUGUAAAUUAAAUCAGUUUUUACCCUGGCCUUGCCUGUGUACAUUCCGACUCAGUUUAUUUCUUGUACUGCAUGUCAGUCUAAGACUAACUGAAACCUUCACCACUAUCAUCCCUGAAAAUUGUGGAACCCUAAGUUACAUAAGACUUGCUGGGAUGAACUAAAAGGACCAUAUCUUGUUAGAAACGUGUUCUAUUUCACAGAUUCAUUUUCUGUCCACUGACAAUAAUUACAAGUCUGAUUCUACCUCUCUUAAACUUGUUCCAAAUUGCUUUUCCCUUGGUAAUUUUGGCUCUAAUGCUCAGCCCGAAUUGUAGCGUAUUACUUUAUAUGUAAAAAAUAAAGCAAGCUCCCGAAAAGAAUCAAAAUCA